AUGGCUGAGUUUACUUUAUUUCCAGUAUCUCUGACCUUUUUUGUCUGUGUUUCAACCAACAUUCGGGCCUUCAUUGUGCUAGCUGUUACAGCUAUCUUCCUUCUUACCUUUUCCUGUCCGUCUUCAUUCUGGAAUGGGCAAGAAUUCCCCCCUCACAAAGAUGGGAAUGCUCCUUCCCUUCUGAACCUACCCAAAGUGCAAACUGUGAAAGGAUUUUACAGGAAGCGGUUCGACUUCCUUAGAGAAGGUUUCAAACAGACAGGAUCAUGGGUGUUUCAGUUUAACUUACUCAAGCACCGUGUGAUCGCUGUUUCUGGAGAAGAAGGGCGGCAAAUGAUUUUGCAGGAGCCUGGUCUUGAUAUUUAUCAAGGUACUCAACUUGUACUGGAGUCUAUACCCAAGGGCUAUCAUGUUAAUCAAAUCGAUUCAUUCUAUAGACGUCUCUUGAUUCUCCAGAAAUCCGAUAAUUUGACCUUCAUGAUUCCUUAUCUUUUGUCCGAUUGUCAGCGCAAAAUGGAUACAUGGGGUAGUCAAGGUCUGUUGGAUCCCCGCUCAGCCAUCUAUGAUAUCACAUUUGUUAUGAUUAUGCGAGUUCUCAAUACAUUCGACAUUGCCGAUGACUUAGCCCUGGUGUCUCGCUUAAAAGGAUGGUUUGACACUCUGGAUUCCUCCAGCGAGCCAUUAUUAAUCCAUCUCCCUUGGAUAUAUGGUCCUGCCAGGUUCCGAAGAAUAUGGGCUGCUGCAAAUCUAUAUCUCACUUUUAAAAGAAUUGUUCGGAAGAGGAUCAACGGUGGACCUUCGAGACCAGAUGCGCUACAACAGCUCGUGGACAGCAACCAGACUGAAGAAUACACAACUAGAUUCAUGAUAGCCCUUCCUUUGGCGGGAGCUCGUUCCACGGGGACAAUUGGAAAAUGGCUCAUUAUGUUUCUUUCAUCUGACCCAUUGUGGGCUGCAGCCGUUCGUGAAGAAGUUCAAGGCCUUUUAUCAAUAUACGACAUCUCUCUACCGCAAUCCCCAUCCCAUGAAGAUCUCACCAACGCACUAUCCCAAGUCCCCCUCACGGCCUGGGAAACGAAAAUGCCUCAUCUUGACCUUUGUAUUCGAGAGACCAUGCGAAUCUCCCAACCGCACACAGCUCUUCGCAAAAACACAGGCCCGGAUUUUUCUGUUGGAGGCUAUACCAUCCCAUCCGGGGCCUUUGUUGCAUACCCAUUUUUGGAUACGUGUUUAAAUCCAUCCUACUAUGCGGAUCCAACUCGUUGGAAUCCUUCCCGAUUGAUCCAGAAAGACGUACCCUUCAUAGGAUGGGGCAUGGGCAAGCACAUGUGCAAGGGGCAGAGACUUGCUAUAUUGACGAUGAAGCUCUUGACUUCUUCGUUUGUCUUGAGGUUUGAUUUGUCGAUGGUGGAUGAGAGGCUUGAAAAGAUGGAAGAACCUCCAGUACCUGACUACAAUGAUCAGCUGACUUGUCAGCCAAAGGAUAAGUGCAGCAUCAAGUUCACGGAAAGGGUAUUCUGA